AUGCUUCAAUAGGUUUUUGGCAAGUCAAAAGGAGGUGAAGUUACAAACUCUCACUUAACUCCCAAGGUUUUAAAUAAAGCUCAAGAAGCUGAAAAAUUAGCUUCUUAAAUUCAAGCUUAAAGAUUUAGCAAUAGAUUGGUUGCUUUCUCUUCUCAAUAUCCUAGAGCUAAGCUCUUCUUCGCUGGUAUUGGUAUUGGUACUCUCUUAUACGGAGCCAAUUAAUCAUCCAAGGCCAGAGAAAAUAAGGUUGCUACUGAAACUAGAAAGGAAAGAAUGGCAAAGCCCACUAUUUAAUUAACUGGUGCUGAUUCUUAAAAUCCUCCUUUUACUGAAAAGAACAUUAAUGACUGGCUCUAUAAGACCGUUUCCAUUACUGGUCGUCCUAUCCAUGGUAAGGGUAUGAUGAUUCCUGCUAAAUCAUAUGGUCUCCAUGGUUUUGAAUACCUCGUUCCUUUUGUCACUAAGGAAAAUGAAGAUGGUUCCGUCUAGGAAGGUCUUAUUUUGAAUUUAGGUUUCAUCCCUAGAGAAUAUGCUCCUAUCUGGGCAAGAGCUAGAGUUGAAAAUGUUGAAGAAUAAACUUUCACUUGUGUUGUUACUGAUGGCAAGCAUUUAAGUGAAUAAGGUGGUUUAUUCGCUAGCAACAAACCAUGCGAAAACUAAUGGGAAUAUGCUGAUCUUGACUAAUUAGCCAAGCACACUGGCUUUGUUAACUAAGAAUAAGUCAGAAGCUGCAUCUUAGAACACGUAAAUACUGAAACUCCUAAUGACGAAAGAGACUGCAGACAUAUUGAUAUCUGCUCAGACUAUAAAGAAGACUAUCCUUACAAAUUCACUAGAAGUGGUGUCUUAUAACAACCUGGAUAAAUGUACUGGGACCUCAACAAAAGUGCUAGUUACUAUAGUUUACUUGGUCUUGGAUGUUCAGUCUUUUCUGCUCUUUUGUUCUUAGCUAAGUGA